AUGCCAUCUAAUACAGUAAAAUUUUGGUCUCUUCUUAUUUUUCUUAUACCAUCUAUUCUUUGUGCAUUAUUUAUCUCAUAUUAUUUAUUAUUUGAUCGCACUUUACGACAUGCUCUUCAUAAUCAUGUUGUGAUUGUACUUCUUCUUAUUGGUUUAUUUUCUGAAAUGACCAAUUAUAUAUGGAUGCUCGUUUAUUAUCAAUAUGCAGGAAUAUGGCAAAGAUCAAAUAUCUUUUGUGCAAUCUGGGGUUUUAAUGAUUGGGCAUUAUAUAUUACUUAUACAAUUUUGUUAGCUUGGGCAACAAUCGAAAGACAUAUUCUUGUCUUUCAUGAUCGAUGGGUAUCAUCAAGAAGAAGACGUUUACUUGUUCAUUAUCUUCCUUUAGUAUGUCUUUUUCUCUAUUGUUUUGUUUUUUAUAUUGUUGUUUACUUUAUUCCACCUUGUGCAAAUAUUUUCUCUCAAACCGGUUACAUAUGUAUAUCUCCAUGUAUAUUUAAUAGUUAUACAUUUAGUAUGUACGAACUAGUAGCUCAUCAAUUUUUACCUUUUCCAAUUAUUGUCAUAUUCAGUAUCGCUUUACUUGUGCGUGUAGUAUUCCAGAAAAAGCGAACACAUCAACCUGUGCAGUGGCGUAAAUAUCGAAAGAUGACAGUUCAAAUGUUGUCAAUUUCAUUGCUUUAUGUUGUUUUGUAUUUUCCUUUCUUAGUAGUUAGUAUUUGUGUAUUAUUCAAUGUAUCAACUGACCUACUCAAUGAGAUUCUUCCUUAUACAACGUUUAUUACUUAUUUCAUUUUCCCACUUUAUCCUUUUGUCUGUGCUCUAUCCUUGUCCGAUUUACGAAACAAAAUGUACCAGAUUUUGCAUCUUCGUCGACCACCAAGACAAGUUGGUAUUGAAACAUUUACAUUACGAGUCCGUGAAAAUAAUCAUACAACUACUAAAACUAACUACUAG